AUGGCAACAGCGAAUUCGGGAGGCGCUUCACAGCCCAACUUAGUGAACAACACAAAGAGCAAAAGUGCAGUGUGGAAACACUUUGGAUACAAGGCUGAUGAGUCGGGGAAAGCAACAGACCAUGACAGGCCCGUUUGCAAGGAGUGCUACAAAGAGAUCGCUACGAAGUCCAGCAGCACAACAAAUUUGGCCAAGCAUCUGAGAGACCGACACCCCAAACUGCAUGACGAAAUGAAACAGGCUCAGGCUGAUGCAGAGAAACAGUUGACAUCCACAAACAAGCCAUUCCAGCCGACAUUGCCUGCACUAUUUGAUCAGCAACGAAAAUAUGGACCUAAGUCCCCAGAGACUCUAAAACUGAACAGACUUGUUGCUGAAUAUAUUUGUAUGGAUCAAGUGCCCAUUUAUUCAGUUGAGAAGCCUGGCUUCCAACAGCUUGUUACGCACCUUAAUCCCAGGUAUAGCAUUCCAUCCCGCAAUUUUUUCAUGUACAGUGAAAUCCCUGCUCUGUACAAGAGUAUCAAAGAUGUUAUACUGAAUCAGUUUGUGGGUAAACCAUUUUACUCAUGCACCACCGACCUCUGGACCAGUAGGGCAUCAGAGUCGUUUAUGGCUGUGACUAUUCAAUCCAUUACUGAUUCUUGGGAGAUGACGAGCUGGUGUUUGGGUUGUGUUGGAAUUCACUCUGACCACACAGGCGAAAACAUCAGGGAGGCAUUUGAGGAGGUCAUCCAGGAUACCUGGAAGCUGGACCUUAACCUAAUGGCAGGCCUUACAACUGACAAUGCCUCCAAUAAUAAAAAGGCUUUUGAGCAGGACUUUUUAUGGAUCCCUUGCUUUGGCCACAACCUGGAUUUGGCAGUCAGCAAAAGUCUAGAGGUAGACAAGGUCUCAUCGACAUUAUCCAGACUUAGAAAAACAGUGUCAGCCUUCAGCAGGUCACCAAAGAUGGUUAGACUACUUAAGAACAAACAAAAAGAGCUGCAGUUAGUUGAACACAGUCUCAUUCAUGAUGAGCCAACACGCUGGGGCUCAUCCUUUGAAAUGGUGGACCGAUUUUUGGAGCAGCAACAAGCUGUGUGUGCAGUUCUAGCAGAGAACAGAAAAAAGUGGCACCUCAUGCCUAAAGAUACAGACAUUACAACUUUAGAGACUGUACAGGAAGUGCUGGGCCCAUUAAGCUCAUUCACUGAUGCUCUCAGUGGAGAAACGCAUACCACUCUUUCCUCUGUGCUCCCUCUCUGCUGGAAGAUUUUCUCAGUUUUAACUGUAGAAGAUGAUGACUCUCACCUGAAAAGGCAAAUGAAGGAACUGAUAGCCAAAGAUCUAAAAACUCGAUACCAGGAUGGGCGCUUACAGUUGCUAUUAAACAUUGCGACCUUUCUUGACUCACGUUUUAAGCUAAAUUUCACAACACUGAAAGAUGAGGUAAAGGAGCACCUCUGUGAUAGCUUAAGAAGCAUUUCAAAUAUUCAAAAUGUAGCUUCUCCAUGUGAGACUCGGCCAGCAAAAAAAUCAAAAACUGACUUGAAGGGAUUGUUGUCUGACAUUCAAGGGGAGAAAAAGAAACACCCUGAUGCACCUCAUGAAGUUGAAAUCACUUCUGCAGAUCGUGACAGGCCAGAGUACAAGCUGAAAAAUGAGCUGACUUUGUACCAAACCAUGCCAGAAGUACAGGCAGAGCAUGAUCCACUAACAUGGUGGAAAGCCAAUCACACUACCUUUCCUCACCUGGCCUUGUUGGCCAAAAAAUAUCUUUGUAUAGCUGCCUCAAGCUGUGCCUCAGAGCGCAUCUUCAGUACAUCAGGGCUCAUUUGCUCCCCAAGAAGGGCAAGACUGACAGAGGAGCACAUUGAUAUCAUUCAUAGCCUCACCUGUCUCGGCUUGAGCCCGCCCACCAGAAGGAUUUUUAAAAAAGUUUUUUGCAACGAGGAAGAGAGCGGAGAUGAAAGAAUAGAAUUAGAUGUAAAUGUUGGCUCGCUGCACUCUUCAACUUAA